AUGUCACUUACAUAUAACUUUAGUGGUAAAGUCGCCCUGGUGACCGGGUCCAGUUCAGGUAUAGGUGCGGCCACUGCCAUACUGUUUGCCAAAUCGGGUGCCAAUGUUGUGGUGACGGGACGUAAUGCCACAAAAGUGUCAGAAGUGGCCAAACAGUGUCUCAAUGUGUCUCCAAAAGGACUGAAAGCACUGGAAGUGGUGGCAGACGUUACCAGAGAUGAAGAUCUUAUAAGGCUUGUGGACACAACUGUCCAGACAUUUGGCAAAAUAGAUAUUCUCGUGAAUAACGCGGGAAUGGCUGUUAGAAUGGGUUUCGAGGACAAGGAUUAUAUGAAUGGAUACAAACAACAACUUCAGACAAACUUGGAUUCUGUGGUAUUUCUGACACAUAUUUGUGUCAAACAUUUGGAGAUAACUAAAGGAAAUAUCAUUAAUAUAUCGAGUAAUCGUAGUGUUCAAACACGGAAAAGUUAUUCGGCAUACAGUAUGUCAAAAGCAGCGCUGGAUAUGUUCACCAAAUGUAUUGCUGUAGAGUUGGGACACAAAGGCAUUCGUGUUAAUAGUGUUAAUCCCGGGGCAGUUAAAACAGACAUUGGUCGUGACGAUACAGUUGGUCAAAGUGGUGUUAUACCCUGGUAUGAAAAAUUUGGGAAACUAUACCCUGUAGGGCGACAUGGAGUGGGAGACGACAUCGCAAACGCUGUGCUAUAUUUGGCAUCAAAUGAGAGUUCAUUCAUAACGGGAAGUGUUUUGGUGGCCGAUGGCGGACAUCUCGCCGCUAAUAUGUCUCUUACCCAUAACUUUGUGGGAAAGGUAGCCCUAGUGACCGGGUCCAGUUCAGGCAUAGGUGCGGCCACUGCCAUACUGUUUGCCAAAUCGGGUGCCAAUGUUGUGGUGACGGGACGUAAUGCCACAAAAGUGUCAGAAGUGGCCAAACAAUGUGCCAAUGUUGUGGUGACGGGACGUAAUGCCACAAAAGUGUCAGAAGUGGCCAAACAGUGUCUCAAUGUGUCUCCAAAAGGAUUGAAAGCACUGGAAGUGGUGGCAGACGUUACCAGAGAUGAAGAUCUCGUAAGACUUGUGGACACAACUGUCCAAACAUUUGGCAAAAUAGAUAUUCUCGUGAAUAAUGUUGGCACUGAUGAAUCUGCACCUAUUUGGAGUACUGAUUAUAUGGAUAUAUUUAAAAAUACUUGUAAAAUAAACUUGGAUUCUGUGGUAUUUUUGACACAUAUUUGUGUCAAACAUUUGGAGAAAACUAAAGGAAAUAUUGUUAACAUAUCCGCCGUUUCAAGCACUCAAACGUUACAACAAUAUUCGGCAUAUUGUAUGUCAAAGUCAGCGCUGGAUAUGUUCACCAAAUGUAGUGCUUUAGAGUUGGGACACAAAGGCAUUCGUGUUAAUAGUGUUAAUCCCGGAGCUAUUGAUACAAUUACUAAAGAUUUGACCGACGAUUUUGAUGUUUAUAAUGUCAACAUUUACGCAAAACUAUAUCCUGUGGGCCGGUAUGGUGUGCCCCAGGAUAUAGCUAAUACUGUGCUAUAUUUGGCGUCCAAUGAAUCGUCAUUUAUUACGGGAACAGGUCUUGUGUCAGAUGGUGGACAUCUGGCCGCUAAUGUCAACAUUUCUCAAUUGCAAUAG